GUUGAUGUUUCGUUCAUUUAACCCACAAAGAGAAAGACGACCAAUACCCAGGCGUGUUGGUUUAUAAAUAUACCAAUGUGUUCAAUCCAUUCAGCAUGUAUUUGUAUGUUUACUCGGAGAUCAUCCGGCUAGCAACUGCUAGCAACUGUGAGCGAUCAUACACAACUGCUCUUGUUGUUGUGUGAAACUGAAUUGAAUGUAACGCGAUGGCUCGUCUUUGCUUUUAGUUUUAAUGUCCAUUCAUGUGACAAUCCAACACAUUCCCUUUUUCGCCUAUGGCAUGUUGUGUUUUAGUUUCGAUUCACGUCUUUAAUAUUAGACAAUGUGACAGUCGUCUUUUUCGCCUAUGACAUGUUGUGUUUUAGUUUCGAUUCGCGCCUUUAAUGUUAGCCAAUGUGACAUUUUGGUAACGCUCAGUUAGUUGUUUCUUAAACCACUCAUUACACAUUACAAAGAUUGAAAGACUUUCCUAUACUGAAAUUUCAGUCAAUAUCAAUAGGUUAAAUUUGUCAGUACGCCAUGGUUUUCUCUUUCCAUUAAAUAUAUUGUGGUUUAAUGGCGUUUACUUUUUGUCCCACAUUUUCCGUUUUAUUUUUUUAAAUGAUUCUUAUAUCGCCUUGUCUUUUCUGGUUUGCUGUUUAAGCACAUUUGUUUUGUUAGUUCUCAACAUAUAUCUAUGAAGUUCUUUUUAGGUUUCAUCAAGUUCAAUAGAUAUAAUCUUGCUGUUUGAAAUGUGUUCACUAAUUCCACAGAAGCUCAUACUUCUGCGAUGGACAACUCCAACCUGAACUGUUCUAUAUGUAUGGAGCGUUUCCAAGUUCCUGUGACCAUCCCCUGCGGGCACACCUUCUGUCAGAAGUGCAUCACAAUGCACUGGGAUGUGAAGCGCAAGUCCGACAUAGGACCUCAGUGUCCAAUCUGCAAUUUCGACUUUCUCACCAGGCCCGUUCUGAAGCAGAACGUGUCACUACUCUCGGUCCUGACUGAGGCAGCGAACACCACCACCUGCAGAGAGACACUGACAAGAGGAAGUGAAGGCACCAGAGCAAUGCAGCUGUGCGACCAACACAAGAAACCUCUGAUCUAUUACUGCAAAGUGGACAAGAUGCCGGUGUGUUGCGAGUGUGCGAUCUUACAGUGCGACAAACACGACAAGGUUUUGUUGGAGAAGGAGCGAGAAAACCAGAAGAUGCUGCUGGAGAGGAAGAGCAAAGAGGUGGGCAAGCUCAUUGAGGAAACAGAGAGAGGAAUGCAUGAACUGUCUGAAAACAUUGACCAUGCUAAGGUGAGCUUUCAAACUAUUCUUGGAGAACCUUUGAUACGAUUGCUUCCCGAUAGACUUGAGCAUCGCCACCACUUGUUUUUAAAUGUUUUUUGUUGCCACUCACAAAUCAAUAAAAUAUGCACCCAUUUCCAUUUAAACGAGGUGACCCUCCAACAGACCUCCAACUGGGUCAACGUCAAGUUCUCCAGCCUGAUCAAAGCCUUGGCGGAGAAGCAGAGGGCCACAGAGUUCUUCUUAGAGGAGCAGAAGGAGGCGGUGGUCAGUGGGGCAGAGGAGCGUCUCACAGAAAUGGAGGAAAGGAUCCAGAAGCUGCGACAAAGUCAGAGUCAGAUUGAAGCUCUGCAUGAGCUGUCUGACACAGAGCUCAUCAAGGAGUCCAUGUUUGUGGAGGUCCCCUGCCUGAAGACCGUCUACACAGACGUGAGCCCGAACCUUCAGGACCGACUCAACGGCAUCACAGAUGUUCUGAGUCGGGUCUCCAAACUGGUUUCCGAGGACCUGGAGAAGGCCGUGAGCUCGGCUGUGGAUCACGACAAAGAUGGAUCACCUCAGGACAAGAGGCCCGUCCUGGCUGUGGUUCCGAGUCCAGCUACUCCCUAUCAGACUGGGAAGGAAGGACUCAACUCCUACCGCUGCUCUCUGACCUUUGACCCCCACACUGCCAACGGGCACCUCUUUCUGUCCCAGGAGAACAGACGGGCAGAACACUUGACCUCUGGGCCUCGACCAGUGCCGUCCCAUGAGUCGAGGUUUGACUACACUUGGCAGGUCCUCUGCUUCCAGGGUUUCAGACAGGGGCAGCACUAUUGGGAGCUGGAGGUGUCCAAGCCGUGGGCCUACCUUGGGGUCACCUAUGACACCAUCCCCCGCAAGGAAAAGGGCAAGAAGUGUAUGGUGGGAAUGAACGAGCUCUCGUGGAGUCUGCAGCUGAAUGACCGGCGGCUCAGUGCCUGGCACAACGGCCGGGAGGAGAGACUGACCAGUCAGACGCUGCAUAGUCGCAUCGGAAUGCUGCUGGACUACGAGGAAGGGACGCUGACUUACUAUGGCGACGGUCAGACAAGGCUCCACGCUUUCCACUGUGCCUUCACACAGGAGCUCUUCCCUGCCUGCUGGAUUGGAGAGGGAGUCAGCAUCACCCUCUGCAACUCCUGAGAGGCGGUGCACGCAUGGUUUUUAACUUUUUCUAACUUAAAAUGAACUCGGUUUUUAACGUCAGCACGCUUUCUUUUCGAGCAGAACACUUUAUCAGUGCAACAAGCCACAUCUGUUGUAUUAUAAAUCUCAAAACUUGAGCUGGGCGUCUUGGAUAAUUGGGGUAUCCAAUUCUCAAUGAUACUGAAGCUGCAACAGAGCUAUUGUCUAUAGUAGCAUCACCUUGGGAAAAUCACAGUAAUGACAUUUUUAAAAUUCAAAGUAAACAUAAAAAUGAUUUUAAUGCUCCUUUUAAUGUUAAUCCAAAAAAAGAUUUUAUGAAAUACAUAAUACAAUAACAAAAUACAAGAUGUCAGAUGAUGAAUGCUUUGGGUAUAUUAAUAGUAUUAUUAUUGUAUUAUUGAAUAUUAAUUGUGGAAAAGUACACAGUAGAAAUUUUAAUCUCGUAAAAAAAAAAGCCAUUAUUUAUAAAAUAAUGUAAACAUCAAAAUUUGUUAUACCAAAGGCAUAUACCCUCUUAGCAGCAUCUGAAGAAAUUAAUAUAUUCAUUCGUACAGUAAUGGAUCAGACUAUUCAUAGGUGCAGUGUGUGGAAAAAGAUAUUUACUUUACUACACGGUGGCUAAAUAUUUGGGAUAAAACACAGACUUAGGAGAAAUCAUUUAACAGUUAUUUAAAAAUGGAAUAUAAAAGUGAAGAAGCAGCAGGCACAUGAUAUAUAAAAAAAUAAUGGGAUCCAAAUAAAGACGGUCAAAAGUACAAGAUGAAAAUUUAAGACAAGCUGUUACUAUUAUUGAAUUGUCAUUACAUUGAUGCACACAUUUGCUGAGAUCAUGUCCAAGAAGUGAGAAUGGAAUCUUUUAUUUAUUAUUUAUGUAUUUAUCAUGUCGUUGUGUCAAUGUUUUCUGAUGUAUUGUUUGGAAUAUGAAGAUGCACUUUUGCGUGUGUUGUGAUGCAUUUGUCUGGGAAAUGUGGAUUCCUACGAUCCUGACUGGAUGACAGUGAGUGACAUUAAAUCACCU